ACGAAAUCAACGGAUUUUGUGAUACAGGAUGCAAACUGAAUGCUUGCUUUUCUUUUUAAUAAUUCCUUUUUUCUCUGAGCCAUGCUGUGUGGGAAACCAACAAAACACAAGAAAAGGUCUCCAGCAGAAUAAAACACACCAGCGUUAUAAAGCUGUGGAGGGGGAAAUCUUUGUGAUGCCUUGCGUUGAACGCAUCAAUCAGCUGACUGAGGUGGUGUGUUCCAGGACUGCAGAAGGAAACAAAGAAGAUAAAAGUCAAUCUCUUCAGUGUGGGAGGGAGUUUCUAGCUGAAGAAAAACAUUCAGGAGAGUACACCUGCCUCGAAGGCAAACUGUUCUUCUAUCUACAGGUGGUGAAGAAAAACAGUCUGAGAUGCUUCGAUCCAGAGGAGAGCAGCGUACUGCUGCUGGUUCCAUCUGGUUCAAAGAUCGCCUGUCCGGGUCUAAACUGCAGUGACAACACAGAUGUCACCUGGUACAAGGGUAACAAAGCUAUGUCUAAGCAAUGGAGCCAAUCCUGUGAAAAAGAUGGAGUGCUGCAUCUCUGCAGUGUCCGUGAACAACAUACGGGUGUUUAUUUCUGUGACAGACUAGUAACUGAAGGAGGAGUCAAAUGGACCUUUAGGAGGGCUGUUAACGCCACAGCUGUACCUCAUUACACACCACCUUACCUUCCUAGGAUUACAUAUCCUGACACCAGCACGACACAGGAAGUGGAGCUUGGUCAAGCUCACACUCUGACAUGUGAGGUGUAUUUUCCUUCUGAGAUAAAGUUUUCACCAAAGGUGCAGUGGUUCAUGCAUCACAGUGGCAAUGUGGAGAAUAUGACUGCACUAAACAUGGAGAAACCACAAAUAGACAAAUGGAAUUUUCAAGAGAACAAAGUCACAGGAAGAUCUAUCAUAACAGAGGUGACUCAACAAUACUUGAACAACACAUUUACCUGCUUCGCCAGAAAUUCUGUUGGGAACAGCAGCGUCACUAUCAAACUGAAGAAGAAAGUUAAAGUUAUAUGGCCGUCUCUGGUUGGGUAUCCUAUUGCAUCAUUGCUCUUUGUAGGUGGGCUAGGGGUCAUUUUGCAUGUGAAAUGGCUGGAGCUACAGCUGAUCUACAGAUCCCGCUUUCAACACAAUGAAGUUUGGGUUUUGUUUUCUCAUGUCCAAACAGAGGAAAAGGACUUUGAUGUUUUUCUGUCGUUUGUGUGGAGCGAUCCUUCAGCAACAACUGAGGGACAGGGAGGGGGAGGAUGUUAUUCAAGCUUGGACUUCCUGAACUCAGAGGAAGGAAAAGUCCUCCACAGACCACCUGAGGUGCUGCUACCCCAGGUGUUAGAGGGCAGGUGGGGGUAUCGGCUCUGUCUUCUAGAGAGGGAUAUCCUGCCAGGAGGAGCAUACACGAAUGACGUGGUCCAUGCAAUACAGGGGAGCCGAAUGCUCAUCUGUCUCCUGUCAGCUGAAUAUCUCUCCAACAGCGAUGCUGUGUUUGUUCUCGAAUCAGGAGUCCAGGCUCUGCUUCAAAAUUCAAGCCCUAAACUUCUGCUAAUAUGGACCAACAAUGCAACAGCAUCCCUCCAACAGCCAGACCCCCCUCUGCCCGUCCUGGUCCAGAGGGCCUUAAAGGUGCUCCCCAGCCUGCAUUGGACCACUAUGGAUAAAACACCAAGAGCUACCAGUGACUUCUGGAAGUCUUUGAGAAAAGCCCUUCCUGACCUCAAAGAGAGAAGCAGGUCUGGGCUGAUGAUUACCAACCAUCAUUAACAAGUUUUCUAACUUGAUGUAAAGAAUAUUUAUUUUACAGUGCUGAUUUUUGACUGAAAGAGUUUGAAACCUCUAUUAAUAACUGUUUUGUGUAAGUGCACCAUUUUACAUUCAUUUUUAUCAUCUUAAUCUUUGUACUCUAACUGCUUAGCUCAUUUUUUCUUUCAUUAUUUAACACCAUCUUAAUCUAUUUUAAUAAUUCAGACCUUUUGCUGUUCUUAAGUAGAAUAUCAUGAUUUAGAAUAUUCGUUGAUUUACUUAGAAAAGCUAAAAUUCCAUAAAUUCUAGAUUAACCUCGGACAAAGUGAAACAUUUCAAGACUUUUUUUUUUGUUUUUUUUUAGUCUUUAUGAUUACUGCUUACCAACAUCAAAAAAUCCACUAUCUGAAAAUAUCAGAAUACAGAAUAGAAAGAUCUGGACCUUUGCUCAGUGGUCCUGUUUUCAGAUGAAAGUAAAUUUUGCAUUUCAUGUAGAAAUUAAGCUCCCACAGUCUAGGGGAAGAUCAGAGAGGCACAGAGUCCAGAGUCAACGCUGUCAGCUGUCUACGAGGAGGUUUUAGAGCACUUCAUGCUUCCAUCUGCUGA